AUGUUGGAAUUUUAUUCGUAUAAUCACGGAAUGGACGUGGAUUAUGGAGACUGUGAUGUUUUUAAUCCUGGGCAGAGUAUUGUACGACCAAUCGCCUUUAAGCCGAUUAACACCAAUAAGACUACAGGCAAGCAAAUUAGUCCCCCUCAGCAAGGUAAUCGUAGAUUAUCCAAUCAGGAUGAGGCCAUCAGAUCACAAGAAUAUCACAUGACCAAUUCGAGACCAAGGAAUUUAUCGCGUGGAUCACAUCAUGGAAGCGAUAAAUCUGGCUCGGCAAGUUUUUCUAGCGAUUUAUCGCAAACUAUUGGCCGUCCAGAAUCUCUGCCUUCAUUGAAUCAUAGUCGUUUAUCAUCCAAUAACAACAUGGAGAGUUACCUGACAACACCAUCACCUAGCGACAGUGGUGUCGGGGAGUUGGAAUUGAUGCUAAGAGAAAAAGAUGCAGAACUCAACACUUUGCGCGAUGUGAUGGAUAAAAAUGAACGUGCAAUAUUUCAGGUGUACGAGGAAAAGAAAAAUGCGUGGUUGAAAGAAAUUCGUGAAAUGAAAGAGGAUUAUGAUCGUAAAUUAAAAAUUCAUCAACGUAAAUCGUACAAAACGGAACAAGUCUUGUCGUUACAAGUUUACAAGCUACAACAAGAAAAAGAAGAGCUCACUUCUAAUAUGAACAAAAUGGCGUGUGAGAAAGAGGUGCUGCGUCAACAAUGUGCCUCUUUCGAAGACGAAAUGAAAACACUAAGGUUGAAGCUAAACAAUAAAUCUACGACUUCAAGUCCGGAACGGUCGAGUGACGACAGUGUCAAUCAUUUACGACAGAAGGUCAAGGACUUAAGUGAGGAAGUUGCAGAGAAAAAUCGCGAAGUUAUGAUGUUGCGUUCACAUCUUCACGGCUCUGAAAACGAACUUCACAAGAAAAAUACAGAAUUGUCAAAUAAAUUCAAAGAAAUAGUUUGUAAAACUGAAGAAGUGAAAGCUCUUAAAAAUGAAUUAGGACGUCUGUCAGCCGGUGAACCAGGUUUCAGGGAAAUGGACACUCAGACAGACGAUACAGAUGGAGUUAUUCCCCUUGCCUUGUUAAAACCUUCUCUCUUAACAGAGAAGAACAAAGUCAUGAGCUCUUUACAAAAUGAGGUCGCUAAAGUGAAAGAACAAUUGGACGAUUCUCAUGGUACUUUUGAAAAAGAGCGGGAACAGUGGCUUGACGAGAAAAAUAAGGUGAUUCGCUAUCAGAAACAGUUACAACUGAACUAUGUGCAAAUGUAUCGUAAAAAUCGUAUGUUAGAAGCUGAGGUAGAGCAGUUGACUCUAGAACUGGAAAAUCGGGAUCUAAAAUUAAUGGCCCUGAAUGGUGGAGAGGAGUCCGUGUGCUAG